AAGCGGGGGGGGGGGGCGGGGGGGACCGGGCGGCCGGCAGCUCCGGGUGAGGUUACGUGGCCGCCGGAGCCCUGACGUGAUAGCACAUUGCAUCAGCAUAAAACAAUCCAUCCUCGAUAUGGAAUGCGGUGCGGACGGAUGACAGCGAGAGCGCAGCCCCCUCGCCCGAUUGAUUUAUGUCGGAGCUGACGCUUUAUCAGGCAGUCGGAAAAACUUUGACCAAUCAUUUUGCAAGGAGCGCUGAGCCGGGCUGCUCCACUGUACUUUGUUGGCUGAGAAGUUGAGCAGGGGGUGGGGGUGGGAGGGUGGGGGGCUGGGGGGGUCGCGUCCGAAAGCCCUCACACCGGUCCGGGUGCCACCUCUCCCUGCUUGGGCGCCGCCGCGCGAGCGCUUCCCUUCCCCCUGUGAGCGCCCGGAUAAUGUCUGAGAAUGUCCAUUUCUGGGACGCUUAGCAGCUAUUAUGUCGACUCGAUCAUAAGUCACGAGAGUGAGGACGCGCCUCCAGCCAAGUUUCCUUCUGGCCAGUACGCGAGCCCGCGGCAGCCGGGCCACGCGGAGCACCUGGAGUUCCCCUCGUGCAGCUUCCAGCCCAAAGCGCCGGUGUUCGGCGCCUCCUGGGCGCCGCUGAGCCCGCACGCGUCCGGGAGCCUGCCGUCCGUCUACCACCCCUACAUCCAGCCCCAGGGCGUCCCGCCGGCCGAGAGCAGGUACCUCCGCACCUGGCUAGAGCCGGCGCCGCGCGGGGAAGCGGCCCCGGGGCAGGGCCAGGCGGCGGUGAAGGCGGAGCCGCUGCUGGGCGCGCCUGGGGAGCUGCUCAAACAGGGCACGCCCGAGUACAGUUUGGAAACUUCGGCGGGCAGGGAGGCCGUGCUGUCUAAUCAAAGACCCGGCUACGGGGACAAUAAAAUUUGCGAAGGCAGCGAGGACAAAGAGAGGCCGGAUCAAACCAACCCCUCCGCCAACUGGCUGCACGCUCGCUCUUCCAGGAAAAAGCGCUGCCCCUACACCAAAUACCAGACGCUGGAGCUAGAGAAGGAGUUUCUGUUCAAUAUGUACCUCACCAGGGACCGUAGGCACGAAGUGGCCAGACUCCUCAAUCUGAGUGAGAGACAAGUCAAAAUCUGGUUUCAGAACCGGCGGAUGAAAAUGAAGAAAAUGAAUAAGGAGCAGGGCAAAGAGUAAAGAUUACCCCCACUCCUCCCCAGCUCUUCCCCAUCUCACUCUUAUUUAUGUGACGACUGUAAAGCCAGUGCUGUCUGGAAUGUAUUCAAGUGAAUGGGGAAGGGAGUCUCUCUUCCAAGUCCUUUAUCUGCACCUAGAGCCUCUCUUCUUUCCUUUGCCCUUACCUGUCUGUCUCUUCUCCCUGGGUGUCAGGAGAAAGUUUUGUUGAUUUAGAAGAUAGAAGUAGAUGGUUCCUAAGAAGGUGAUGGGCCCCAAGGAAAGAGACCAUAGUCAAGCUCCUAGUAUGCCCCGUAAUUUUUCUGGGAAGUCCUAGCCUCUCACUUCCAGCUUGCCUGUUUCUUCUCUACACCCAUCCAAAAGUCACCCAGGGACACUCGAAAUCCACACAGCCCAGCAGACACCCACACACAUACAGCCUGGAGUCCGCAGUGAUAAUGGGGUGAGCUCACAGCCACCAUUCAGUCAAGUGCAGUGGCGCUCCAGAUGCAGACCAUCGCACACUAAAUUUGGCAGAACAGCCCUCAGACCAUCAGGCAAGCCCGGGUUCUACCCCUGAUGCAGAUACACACCGGGGAGGUGUCUAGACGCAGACUCCUGAAUGAGGGGUUGCAGCCCCGAGGUCGCAGCAUUGCCAUACCGUCCCCAUGGAGUUUCCAACUAUUCCCAGGCCAAGGGCCACGGGGAAGAUAGGGCAAACGUAGCCCCCAAGCUGGUGGUCUAGAAAGUACAAGAAAAGUACAAGAAAAGGCAGCACAUGGUUUUAUGAAAGUAUCUUAGGUGGAGCUACUCCCCACCUCCCACCAACAUACACAUUUUGUUGCAGGAAAUGUCUAAUUCUGCAUGUUUCCCUCUCCUUCCAACAAAAGGAGGUCAAACUUGACAAUGUCGUUCUCCUGUUCAUCUGUGCACCGCUUGACAGACUGUAGCUUCUCUUGCUCUCGACUGGCCCUGCAUUCUUCCGCAUCCUCCCUAGCUCUGAAAUCAACUCUCUUCGGUGGAAUCCACCUUGCACCCGAGAGUCAAGCCGUUCCUUGCAGAAAAACCCCUCCACCCUCCAUCCCCCCCUAGGUCAACCCCACUGUAGACAGGAAAGCCAGGUCAGGAGAGUCCGAAUGAGAAUUUAUUGUGAAUCGAUUCCCAAGCUCCCUUCCAGGACUGGUGGUCUGGGACAGGGAGGAGCAAUCAGCGCGCAAAGCCCUGCGCGUUCCUCCGCAUCCCACCGGCUUCUCGACCCACGCGGAGGAGUCCCAGGCUUGGCGGCUGCAGCCCCAGCGUCAAAGGAGACCGGGCCCAGCGCCGGGCUUUGCCUCCAGCUUCGUGGGCCUGGAUGCGGAUCUGCACGGCUGGUGCGUGCACGCGCUUCUGGGGAACAGUACCGCGUGCAAAGCAAAGAGGCAAAAUCGCACCUAAGCAUCAGAUGGAAGCUUACUCUCUGCUUCCCCUCCUCCUCCUUCUUCCCUUCCUCUCAGUCCCCUCCAAUUCGUGGACUCUUGCUCCUGCUUCUCCCGAUCCUGCAAGGGGACAUUCCAGUAGAAGUUUUUUGCUUUGUCGGUGGCUGUCGUGAAAUUGUGCUUGUGUUUCGUGAUUUCUUUGGGGGUGAUUGUCUCGCCUGUUUUCAGUUGUCGAUUAUAUGGGAGGGUUUUGGGUGGGUGUGGGGAGGGUGAGGGGCCUAGAGCUCUAAUUGUUUGUUUUGGAACAAAAAGAAAAGGAACAAAAAAUAUAUAUCACUCUAGAAAAUAAA